ACUCAAUUCGAACAUAUGCAAUAAUGAAAUUAAAUAUCCAUCUGCGUAUACUCGAUGACUUAUUCGAGUUCUAUCACCAUUUUGUUAUUCUGUCCAGUCAUCAUGUAUAUAGACGAGAGAAAACAAUUGUGACGAAGAAGAUCAAUGGUCGAAACAUUUUAUUAUGAUAGUAGACAAAAGAAAAUAGAUCAUUUGUGCUAUAAAUAUAGUGCGUUAACGAAAGUUUCUUUUUUAAUAUUCAUUUCUGUUUCACUACUCAAAUCAAACCUAAACAAGUAAAUAUAAAUUACUUAAAAAUUUUGUCUAUAUUCUAUUAAAUAGAUUGUUAUUAAUAUGCCACCCAAACAAACAUUGUCAGCAUCACCAUCAAUUGUUGCUGCAAAAGCAGCAAGGGAUAAUCAUGCAAAUCAAUGUAAUCCUAAUCAUCCCGAAUACCAAGGUUAUCAGGCUAGUUAUAUCGGUCAAGGUACUAAAGCUGAUUUAGACCAUCAUGCCAAACAACUAAAUCCAAACAAUUCACUAUUUCAACCUGGUGGACCGAAAUAA